AUGAACAUUUCCGCAGAAGACCAGCUACUCAUAUUACGUCUUAUCGAAGAAGACAAACACUUAAAACUCGAAUGGGGUUAUUUGAUACUGGUUAUCGUACCACUUGUUUGUGUGCUUGGUAACUGUAUGGUUGUAGCAGCUGUAUGGACGACAAAAAGUUUACAAACACCCACAAAUCAUUUAUUAGUAUCAUUGGCCAUGGCGGACCUAAUUGUUGGCACUUUUGUGAUGCCAUUCAGUAUUUACCUCUCAGUAUGUGCACUGUUUCGAAUUUCUGCGAAACAAAUUUCAAAAUUAACGGGCUCCACUGGCACCUACCUCUACCUAUUAGUAGCAGCUACCAAACCGGCGGAAUACAAGACUAUGAAGCAUAAGAAACGAGUAUAUUUUGCCAUCGGCCUCACAUGGGUAUUCAGUGUUGGCAUGUCACUACCUCUGAGUACUGGUUUCAAUACCAAAACUGAGCAUUUCUUGCUUACUGAACAUCACUGUGGUAUAUACAGUCCAAUGUAUAUGCUGGGUAGUAGCAUAUUCGCUUUCUAUUUACCUUGUUUUGUGAUGCUCAUUACAUAUGGAUAUAUAUUCUAUUCUUUACGAAAGCGACUGCAAGCCAUUCAAUUACAAGAAAUGGCCGGCGGACAAUUUCUUGGUUUUGGUGCUGACGUUGGCAAUAUCACUACGUCGGCCAUGCAAUCAGUGAUUGGUAUUGCGCCGAAGAACCGGAACAUGAUCACGUGGGAGAAGCCGUUGCUCCGGAAAAUCGAGGAAACUGCUGCCGAACAUGCCAGUUCACUAAACGACAGUGAAAGAGAGCAGCUCCAAACAAUACUCGAAGCCGUUCAUCCGUCAUCAUCAGGAAGUCAAGACAAUAUGACCAUCGAAGAGGACAAUGACCGACCGCCAUCGGUUUUACUGGAAGCGGUCACUCUCCGAAGCGAGACCACCAAACAUGGCUUUGUGCUGGAACUGCCUGAACCCAAAUACGCAAAGAACAUGUCCCGACGAUUUUCGGAUGCGGUUCACUCCAUUUCAACCCGAGGACGAAAGAAGUCGGUGAGCUUCAGAAGCGCCAGUGAUCGACGAAGAUAUUCAGAACUUCCGCCUGGCUCCGAAGUGAACGAUGGUCAAAAACAACACAAUUUACUGCGACCAUCGGUCGAAAAGCGGAAGAUGCGACGGCUUUCGGAGAUUAUUUCAGACUGGGACCGCCCCUCCAGAACUUCGUUGUCUCAUAUGUAUAGCUAUGCACGACGUGAAAGUGUCUACAUCGCUCGUAAAAAGUUGGCAGGAUUGAAGGUGCGGAAUUCCCCGAUCAUUUCACCAGAACUCCAGUUUUCAAAAAGUGUUCAUCAGGACUGGGCCCUGGAUCUGCUAGCCAAGUUGAAAUCUAAACAAGGAAUGGCAAUUCGUCGCGAGACCAGAGCAACUAAGCUCGUCGCCACGGUCAUGGUGGUAUUUCUCGCAUGUUGGCUGCCAUUUUUCACCCUGAAUAUGAUCAAGAUCUAUAAGCUCAUCUAUGAUUCAUGGCAAGUUGAUCUGGAGAUUUGGUUCCACUGGUUCACUGCUCUGGGCUAUCUGAACUCGUCACUGAACUUCUUCAUAUAUUCAACUAUAAAUCCGGAAAAUAAUUUUAGAAAUUUCGCCACUCAUUCCGGAAGGUUGUUGGGUUUUCGACGGUCGAGGCGGAAAAAAGAAAGGACAUGGAUGCUUCCUCCGAAGGAAAGUAGCAAAGGUCCAGCAAAAUGCGGUUGUGGUUUCAACAAAAUCGUCAAGGGACCUUUGAGGAGGGCGAGUUCGUUA